UGGAAAUAACCUCAAAUAUCAAAUGUCAUUUGUCGGUAUGCAUAUCUAAUCCCGGAAUUUCAUAUAUUGUUGAUCUUGGCGGGUAAGUUCCAGGACAAGGGGACAUUUCUUGUAGAGACGCUUAUUUUUGCCGCCUCCUCUGAGGAUGACACACCCAGCGGCUACUGUCGCCAAGGAGCGAAAGUAUCCUUUUGUCAACAUGAAAAUCUCGGAUUAUUCGAUUCUUACUGAGAUCCAAGACCGGAGCCCGUGCUUUAAAUGCGGUAAGUCGAGGAAGUACUUCUGCUACACCUGCUACGUGCCAAUCGAACAACUUUGCGACCGGAUACCAAAAGUGAAGCUGCCCGUGAAGGUCGACAUAAUCAAGCAUCCGAGCGAGAUCGGGAAGAGCACGGCUGUACACGGCCCUAUCCUUGCGCCUGAAGAUGUACAAAUUUUCACAUAUCCCGAUAUCCCUGACUACUCGAAGGAGGAAGGUGUUGUCCUGAUAUUUCCCUGUGCCACUAGCCUCACUAUUAGCCAGCUGUUCGACGCCAACGUGCGAACAGUGAGGAGGGACGGCUUCGAUGUUCCGAAAGGCUACAACAUGGGAACGUUACUGAAGGUGAGGCUGGAAGAGAAACGAGAACAGAGCGAUCGACAGGAACCCGAAAGUCUUGAACAGUAUUCGAUCGAUAGUCUGCCAAUCAAGAAGGCCGUUUUCAUCGACAGCACAUGGAAUCAAAGUCGCGGAAUCUACAAAGAUGAUCGCAUCAAUUGCAUGAAAUCGGUGGUGCUGCAAAAUAGGAUCUCUCAAUUUUGGCGCCAUCAGAAGGGCAGCCCCCGGUGGUACCUGGCGACGAUUGAGGCGAUACAUCAGUUCGUCCUCGAGGUGCACAUAAACGCGUGGGGCCUGGAUCGGAGCUAUCGUGGCUUAGACGAGCUAGAAAUCUCAGAAGGUUACAUGGCAGCUGUCGAAGCUGCAGGCAAAAUUCGUGACGUUGACCCGAGCGUGCCUGCCGACACCAGGACGGCGCCCUACAAGGGCCAAUACGACAACCUAUUGUACUUCUUUGCACACAUGUAUGACCUUAUCCACAUCUACUAUGACCAUAACGAAUUAAAAUCAUACAAAAGACCAAUCUAAACUCACUCAUUUAUUUA